AUGCCUCGUUCAGAUGAAGCACAAGCCUUCUUCUACGCCGUCUACUCAGCCGUCCAAGAAAUCCCCUACGGCAAAGUCACCACGUACGGACACAUCGCCGCCCUCGUGGGAACUCCACAAAGACCUCGUCAAGUGGGCGUCUGUCUAAAACAUCUCCCCGCCGACCCAUCUCAACACUUUAACCACGAUAAUGUACCAUGGCAAAGAGUCAUCAACUCCAAGGGACAAAUAUCGCCAAGAUCUCAACCAGGAGGAUCACGAUCACAAGCUGAAGCCCUUGAGGCAGAAGGCGUAGAGGUCGAAACGAAUGCCAUGGGCGAACACUCAGUAGACUUCUCACAGUACGGUUGGUUUCCAGAAGUACUCCCAUCAGAGGAAGACGAAACAAGCGAAUGA